AUGAUAAACGAAAAAGGAUCUCUGCCCAUCUCCUCCUUUUCCAACGCCUCUCUUCUGCAAAGCUCGUUGAAUACCUUGGCUGUACGUUGAAAGAAAACUCCGUUAUUUUCAGAAUGAAAUUUAUGCCGCUUUCAUGUUCAACACUAACAAAUAUCGUCGCAAAACAUCGAUCUCCGCCAACAUCAUCAUUUCAGUAUUAUUAUCUAACUUUGUUAGAUCAUGAUAUUACCCAUUUCCCGGCAAUGUGAGGGUGUAAUUUUAACCUGCAACUUAAAACUUCUUCCUUCGUGAGGGCGCUGAAUUAACAGGAAAUCGGCGCAUUUCGUUUCGACAAAAUGGUCUCCGUUUUCAGCUCGGCCUUCAAAAAGUAAGAGAGUCCAGCAAUACUCCUCCCAGAUUUUAUUUACAUAUUAUUUGUUGCCAUCCCUUGGAUUUCAAUCUUUUUGCUGCUUUUUAAUGAUCAAAUAGCUCGAAAGUGUGAUUUUUUAGUCAUCUUCAAUCAGCAGCGCUGUUAUUUUACAAGUCAUUGCCUUUGGCGCAUCUUUUAAACAUCUCCCCGGCCUUGAGGAAGCGCGGCCGUCGCAUUUCAACAUUAUGUGAUUCUAAUUGGCAUUGAUAUGGCGCAAAAAAUGACUUCAUUCAUUCCUCUUGUUUUUGAGGCUUUAUUGAACCCUCUUUCGGCUCCUUACGCAGAAUUUAGCAAACUGGGGAAGUACCCCAAGUGCGACGCUCAGAUUUUGAUGAAACUUGGCACAAAUUUAGAAUAGUUUUUUCUCAGAUGUAUGCAAGAAUCCCAGCUCGCGCUUUUCAGAAACAACCGAGGUUUUUAGGUCGAAAGUUGGCGAAAAGUUGAUACUUUUUGCCGAAUUUUGGCACGAAAAGUUUCAUUCCUACUUCUACCAUAGUGGGUAAUGUUUCCACAAAAAAUUAUUUUUUUCCUCACAAAACUAGCGAAGUUAUGGCCAAAAAAUAUUUUUCUCUUUGACCGCUCUCCGCGUUUAGCGUACUCUCUCGGCGGCAAAGGUCGUUUAAUAUCUCGGCAGCGCUUGAAAAGCGCAAGCUAAAACUUUGAGGAAUUGAUACUUAGUUCAUGGCCGACGUGCCUGCAGAAUUUGAAGAAAAUCUGAGCGUCGCACAUGGAUACUUCCCUUGUAAAAAGAAUCUUCAAAAUUGUCCUGAAACUUUUGUGUUGACAGACAGUAAUUCCAUUGUCUUUUCAGGCCAUGCUUCUAGACGCGAUAAUUGUCCUUUUCGCGGCGUUAUCGUUCUGUGUCUCAAAUAAAACGGAAGUCACGGGGAUACCAUUGUGUCUGUUGAAAUGCAAGGAUGACCAUAUGAUGAAGGUACGGUAAUCUCGCUUAUUUUGUUGCUUAUUUCUUGGAUUACGGUCUUGUUUUCAAUUUAGAUGGACAGUGAAUGGUCGAUGGACUUUGCGUUUCCAUUGCUAUCGCUACUUCGGAGCAAUGGCAGCGAAGAAGCGGCGUAUCAUCGGGCAAAUGAAAUCUGCUAGUAAGGCGGUAUAAACGUAUUAUAUCUUGUAAAAUUUUCUUCUGUACAACGAACUUCAAGGAUCCACAAAAGAAUUUUUUUUGAAAAUGCUUUCAAUGAAUAGAGAUUGAUUUGGUGGCAUGAUUCUCCCGGAAAUUCUAAUACCGAUAUCCUGGAGUUUGUUGGAGAGAGAAUACCUCCAAGCACUUAUAAUAGAUCUACAUUGCUCUGUUAUUUCAGCCACAACAACAUGCUGGGGAACUGCAUUAGCUCUUGCGAAGAGUCCUUGGAGAAGAAGAUCCUCCGCCUCGGUCUGAAACCCUGGGACGAUAUUUGUCACAGCUUACGAAGUGAGUGAGAACAUCCGCGGUUUACGCAGCCAAUCCUUUCCAGCACUCAGGACCCAAUUUGGUUGCUGGAAAUUCCACAUUGAAUCGUUGUCUCUCUCCUGUUACAUGGAAAGCCAGCGACUUCGGAUUUCGAUGCGAAAGUUGGCCGAAGGUGGAGCGUUUGAGGAGGUUGGUGCCGUCUGUGGAGAGAUGACAAUACUCUCAAAAUGCGUGCUGGAAGAGUAUGGAAAGGCUUGCGGCAAGGUCACAACCAAGGUUGGCGUUGCCAAGACUUUGUUAUUGUUCCUUUAGUUAUUGGCCAAGCUAUUUCGCUCGAGUCAUGAAGUAAUCCGUGAAAUGUUGGGGAUCAAAUGGUCACGGCUCCCUUCUCCGUGCAAUGAGACUCUAAUUUUUGGCCCUAUGGCCGCUAAAUACAUGUCGGCAAGCCCAUCUGCGGCAACGUCAGCACUUCUGAUAGCAUCUUUUUUACUUACCUCAUACAUAAUCCAUCACUGA